GACUUUCAGAGACAGUCAAGUAGUACUCUUAUACUUAUUUUUUCUUCAAAUAUCUUUAGUAAAAAUUUACUACACCCAUUUCUACGAUUGCUAUAAAAGGUUCUUCUGAGACUGGUGGCUAUUUAGUUGUGGGAAUAUCUCUGGGGACUUCAAAGCUACACAAUGAGAGUGAUCAUUUUUGUUUUUCUGGUGAUUUCUGCCACUACUGAGGGUGUCUGGUACAAUAAUGGGAAUUUCUAUCAAAUAUAUCCCAGAUCCUUUAUGGACUCUAACAAUGACGGUGUGGGUGAUCUGAAAGGUAUUACCCAGAGACUCCAAUAUGUAAAGGAUCUAGGUAUGAGCGGCACAUGGUUGUCUCCUAUCUUUAAAUCGCCAAUGGCUGAUUUUGGCUAUGACACAGCUGACUAUACGGCGAUUCAACCUGAGUACGGAACUAUGGAAGACUUCGAAGCACUAAUUAAGAAAGCCAAUGAAAUUGGAAUAAAGAUUAUCUUGGACUUUGUACCGAAUCAUUCGAGUGAUCAACAUGAAUGGUUUAAAAAGAGCGUUGAUAGAGUACCAGGCUAUGAGGAUUUCUAUGUGUGGCAUCCUGGUAAGAUUGUUAAUGGACAGCGCCAGCCACCUAAUAACUGGGUUUCUGUCUUCCGUGGAAGUGCUUGGACAUGGAAUGAAAAGCGCCAAGAGUACUACUUCCAUGCCUUCUUAAAAGAACAACCAGAUUUGAACUACAGAAAUCAAGCGACUGUGGAUGCAAUGAAGGAGACUCUGCGAUUUUGGAUGCAAAAAGGAGUUUUUGGAUUUCGUAUUGAUGCUGUGCCAUAUCUUUUCGAAGUUCCUGCAGAUUCAAAUGGGAACAUUCCUGAUGAAUCCUUAACCGGGCCUAGUUGUCCAGACCCUACACAUGACUGCUACACGCAGCACAUUUACACUCAAAAUUUGGAUGAAACUUUCGAUAUGGUAUACCAAUGGCGGGAAGUUGUGGAUGAAUUUGCAAAGCAAACUGAUAACGUACCAAGGAUUCUAAUGAUAGAAGCUUAUACGCCAUUGGAAAAUAUGAAGAGACUCUACGAAGAUGGACAUGGACGGGAAGGUGCUCAGCUUCCCUUCAAUUUUGAGCUGAUAAGCAAACUCAACGGAAAGUCAACCGCUAAGGAUUUCAAAGACGUAAUUGAUGGAUGGAUUAGUCGUCUGCCUCAAGGAAAGGAAAACAAUUGGGUCCUAGGGAAUCAUGAUAAUAAGAGAAUUGCAUCGAGAUUUGGGAUUGAUCGGGCAGAUCUCAUAAAUAUACUUCUGCAGACACUUCCCGGGAUGGCGGUUACCUACAAUGGUGAAGAACUAGCUUUGAAGGAUGUCUAUAUCAGUUGGGAAGAUACCAUAGAUCCUGCUGGUUGUAAUACAAGUCCUGAUGUUUACGAGCAAUAUUCAAGAGACCCAGUGCGAACUCCUUUUCCCUGGAAUGCCAAUAAAAAUGCUGGCUUCUCUAAUUCUGACAAAACUUGGCUUCCUGUCUCAUCUGAUUACAAAGAAGUUAAUGUUGAAGCACAGGAAAAGGCAACCCGUAGUCACCUCAAGUCCUUCCGAAAACUGACAAAGAUGCAUCAACAUGAAAAAGCUUUCACCCAGGGGCAACUUUUGAUGAAACUUGUUGGAACGGACAUCCUGGCGUACGAAAGGAGGGUUCCUGGUACUAAACCUGAGGAAAACUUUGUGAUGAUCUUGAAUUUUAGCAACAAUACUCAUAAAGUCAACAUCCCACAACUUUUCCCGCAAAUGUCACAAAUGUAUCGCAUCGAAGUUGUUUCUAUGCACAGCCUCAGUCAUAAGGAAGGGGACACAAUUGACGGGAAGAACUUUGAAGUAAAACCCAAUGAAGCUUUCGUACUUCGUGGAGGAGCUCCAAGACUUUAUUCAUAUUUGAUUUUAUGCUUCACAAUGUUCUCCGCAUUCUUCAACAUCAAGUUAACCCGUGCCUGAAACCUCCCGCCAAAUUCAUUUAGUACUUCCUGUAAUUCCUUUUAUAAUUUUAAUUAAAAAUUCAUCAUCUUA